GUCAAAUAUUAGCUAUGCUUAAUAUGAAAAUAGAGUACCAUACUAACCAUACUUACCAUCAUACCAUUCUACUAUCUAGAACAGGAUACUUUCACAAUACGCACACAAGAUACUAUACAUACAAGUCACAACACGCACAUAGGAUACUGUCACAAUACGCACACAGGAAUGACAGGAUACGAUACAUACAAGUCACAAUAGGAUACGAACACAUACAAGUCACAAUACAUACAAUAUACAAAAUAACACAAAUAACACAUCCUGUAUAUACAAGUCACAUUACAUACAAUACAUAAUACAUACAGGAUACACUACAUUAAUCCACUAACUCACUAGCCCACUAACAUUAGCCACUAACCAUUAAUUCUUUAAUUCGCUAAUUCAUUAAUUC